AUGCGUCAGACGCGACUGUCGUGGUCGGGACCACACCUUCCACCUCGUAAGCGCUCGAGGAAGGUGUCGACCGUGGAUGACAAGGUCGCUCUUGCUGUGGAUAAUCCCGCGGAACGCAUGGAUGUCCCUGCGUCGGAGAAGAAACUGGUCGAGAAGUGGAACCCUGGGUGGAAGCAAACCUUCAAGUGGUUGGUGCUCGAGUAUGACGACGAGCAACAGAUGUGCGGUAUGAAGUGUAAGAUCUGCAAAGCCCAUGCCAAGAACAGCAAAUCUCCGUUUGGCCCUCUUGGCAUAGGAGCGCGUGAUUUUCAGGUGGACAUCGGCGAGGUGAAGCUCCUCGUCGAUAAACUGAAGCUGAAGCUGGCGCAACGUUACGUGGAGAACCGCGCAGACUAUGGGACCCCGAAGAGCAAGCACCUGCAUGCUUUUCUCGAGAAGCACGGCAGCCCUGACAAGCGCGAGAUCACCAUACGCGGCCUCGACAAGCAAGGGACCGCAUGCACCAUAAAAGACAUACUGCAUGAAAACCCCAUCGGCAAAGACAAGAAGACGGACCUGGAUUCGUGCAUCAAGCUGGGGCAGGAGUUUGCGCAGGAGUUGAUCGCAAAGCUGGACUACCGCCUUGGGGACCUGAAGCAUUUUGACGGGGCAAAACUCUUCAUGCCAAUGCACUACCCGCCGCGCCCUGCUGACCGUGAAGGAUGGCUCAACGUCCACCUCUACGAACUCCUUGACAUGUUCAAGGAGAAGCUGCCCAGUGUCAUGUACCAGGAGUGUCAGCUGGAGAUGGAGCUCUUUGCUGCCACAAUGUUCAAAAAGUUCAAGGACCUGACUUUCCAGCAAGCCCUCGCCAACGUGCUACGCACCUCAGACUGGAGGGAUGAUUACCCCACCCUCGUGCACUUGUGGCGCGCACUUGCUGUCCUGCCCCUUAGCACUGUUGAGUGCGAAAGGGGCUUCAGUAGGCAGAACAUAAUAAAAUCAUGGGACAGGACUGCUCUUAGUGAUGUUAAGCUAGAUCAGCUGAUGACUGUGAAGAUGCUUGACUAUCCUGUGGAGUGGGUAGAAGUGCACAAGAUCUUCACUGCUGCCAAGGCUAGGAAGCCUUCUAAGCGUGCAUAG